AUGACGCCACACAAACUUAUCACCUGGGGCAUCUAUCUCGUUGCCGUAUGUAGUGGUUCGGUUUUGUCAAAUGCCAGUGAGAGUAUUGCCCCGGACCAUCCGAAAGUCGACCUUGGCUACUCAAAAUACCGUGGCGUCAGGCUUCCUGGAGGUGUGGACCAGUUCUUGGGUAUGCGAUAUGCGCAGGCUCCGGUUGAUGACCUCCGAUUCAGAGCACCCCAGGAACCCGAGGACCACUACGAAGAACAAGACGCAUCACAGUUCGGAGCUCUCUGUCUCGGUACGGGGCAGCAGCCCGGUAAUGGUCUAGACGAGGACUGCCUCUUUGUCAAUGUGUUCAGGCCCUCAAACGCCACGACAGAGUCAAACUUGCCCGUCCUGGUAUACAUUCAAGGUGGCGGAUACGCAGCUAUGGGGAACGCAAACUAUAAUGGCACAGAGAUCAUUCAUUCCUCGGGUGGGAACAUGGUAGUAGUGAUGUUUAACUACCGUGUUGGCGUUCUUGGGUUCAUUGCCAGUGACAACUUUGGAGAUGAUGCUGACUUGAAUGUCGGUCUUCUUGACCAACGCCAACUCCUUCUCUGGGUUCAAAAGCAUAUCAGGAAGUUUGGCGGCGAUUCAAACCAUGUCGUCAUACAAGGCACGUCGGCUGGUGGUGGCUCUGUGUCUCAUCAUCUCACAGCCUACCGAGGCCAUGGCCAGGAGCGGCUUUUUAUCGGCGCGAUUCUUGAGAGUCCAUUCUGGCCGACACUUCGAUCGGUCUCGGAAAUGGACUUUCAGUACCAGCGGGUGUUACAAUUGACUGGCUGCUCGUCCCUGGCCUGUUUACGCGGGAUGAACAUUUCUGCGCUCCAAGCAGCGAGCGGCGGCUCUGCCUUUCCCGGCGCCGCACCCGGCGAUCCCACACCACUAUUCUACUGGCUACCCGUCAUUGACGGCACAUUGGUUCCUGAUCAACUAUACACCCUUUUUACAGAAGGACAGUUUGCCCGCGUUCCGAUACUUGUGGGUCACACAACGAACGAGGGGUCAUAUUUUGCCAACAACGCGUCUACCGCCACGGAGGUCUCUUCCUUCCUUCGAGCGAACUAUCCCCGUCUGCUGGAGGCCCAGUUGGAAGAAAUCAAUGAAGAAUACGCGAAUAUGGGCCCCCUCCCAGACCACGCAGCAUUCUUCCCCAGUGCUUCGGCUGCCUAUGGUGAUGCUACCUUCACCUGCCCUGCCAACGAGAUGGCCAGCGCCGUAGCGCACUUUACGGGCGCCAACAGGGUGUGGAGCUACAGGUACAAUGUACUCGACCCAGGGACUGUAGCCGGUGGGUACGGGGUCCCCCAUACUUUUGAGACAAGCGCUGUCUUUGGUCCCGGACAAGCGGGCUGGGCUGCGAACUCUUACUACACAACCAAUGCCCCCAUUGUUCCUGUCGUCAUGGCUUACUGGUCGAGCUUUGUGCAGCAUUUGAAUCCCAACACUAACAAACGCCCUGAGUCACCGGAAUGGAAACCUUGGCGGAGACUUUCGGGAUCACAAAUCCGGCUGCAGACUAACAACACGGCAAUGGAAGAGGUUCCCGAAUGGCAGAACAGAAAUUGCACAAUGUGGAAGCACCUUAGACGGACUAUGGACCUAUGA